ACCGUUUCUUAAAGCCCCCCGGGAAGACGAAAAAGAUGAAGAACAAACCCCCCGAUUCACUCAACUUCCAGUUCAAUCGCUCAAAGAAAGAUCACUUCAUCGAUGAAAAUUUCAUAUUCACUAUCUCAUACAUGAUCGUUCGCUGAGGAUUUGUACUUGUUCAACUUCCAGGUAUGAGUCGAUUUGGGAAUUUUACGAUUAAAGAAGACAGAGAGGAAAAUCAAAAUCGAUUAAGUAAUCAAUCGGGGACAGGAUUUCGCCCUGUUCCAUUGGAGAUUUCUUCGAUUCCUGUUUAUCGUCCUUCUUCCCCAAAGAUUCAACCCCCUUCGACUGAUUGUAACCCUAAACCGAUUUCACCAACUCCAAGAAGUGAUCCAAUUCCGAUUAAUUCUGAAAUUUGUGAUGAUUUUGAUGAACAUUGCUGUUAUAGUAAGAGUUCAUCCUACCCUGAGCUUUGGGCUGGACCAACUUACUCAAAUUCACCCCCUGCAAGUUCAUUGCCAAUGCCCAAUUUCUCAAUUCGAAGAAAUAUAAUUUUGUCACUCCAAUUGCCCACCGGUUCAACCGCUCAAGCAAUCAGAAGAACUCAACCAAUUGUGAAAUCUGCACCACCAUCCCCAACGCGGGGCCAUAACCAUCGUCCUUCUUCUUCUAGAGAGCUAUUUCAUGGUGUUGAUGCUGCAACAAGAACACUUAAACAAAUUCUUCACCUUGAUAUUGACUCUGAAUGAUAUGAGUGAUGUUUGAGGGAGCAUCAAGCUCACUUGUUUGUAGGACACAUUCUUUUUGAUGCGGGGUUAGUGUGUAUGAAUGAUUGUAAAUAUAGUGAAGAAUCAUGGUUGAUAUGUGUUUUUGGGAAGUGGGAUUUGUAGCUGAUGGUAAAUAUUCUCAGCUUUGUU